AUGCUGCGGUUUCUUCUAAAAGCAUCACUCGCCACUGGAACAGAGACCAAAGUUACUCUCAUAUUCGAAAGCUCACAUUUAGCCUCAACAUCAUCAGUCAUCUCUCAUCUCUCUCAGGCAUUUCGACAAACAGGUUCUGAGCUAAACCAUAUCUUACCACUCACAUCUGGUUCGUGCUUGUUAGAAGAAGAGCUUGAGGUGCUCAAGCGACAACAAGUUAAAGUCUUUGUAAUUCAUACGUCUCUGGAACUUAAGGUUCGCCUGUUUAAGGCAGCCAAGAAGAUGGAAACGACAGGAGACUGGUGUCUGUGGAUUUCAACGAAUGGAAUCACAGAUCCUUUUCAUUCCAUUAAUUCGACCAUGAUUUCUUCGCUGAAGGGUAUGGAUGGAAUUAAAACCUACUUAACGAAAAACACACCGAAUUUCCUCGAUUUCAAAAAAAGAUUCUGUCAAAAGUUACGUUCCAAUUACCCAGAAGAAGAGCAUGACGAACCUGGAAUUUUUCCCGUGCGAGGAUAUAAUAAUGUCAUGAAAUUGCUUGAAAAAAGGUCACCUGAAAACUUCGAUCUCAAAAUACCACUUCAGCAGAAUGAUCAAUGUUUUCAGAGACCGUUGAAUCUGGCAUAUGAUUAUUACGAUGAACUGUCCAGAAUACACGAGUACGUGGAUUUCACGCAACUGUACAUUGAAUCAGUUUUGGAGAUGAUUGUCCCCAAUACCAUUCAAUCCAAAUUAUCAAACCGACUAUGGCUGUUUAUAAAGCCUUUCAGUGCUAAAAUGUGGUUGUCAAUAGCAGCAGCCACCCUUUGGAAUGGCUUCACCAUUUGGUUGAUCGAGAGACCUGAUAAAAUGCGGUGGUUAGUAGCAGCAAUCACCAGCCUUUACAACGACCUCAUCAUCUGGUUGAUGAAACCCGAUUGUGACUAUCUUUAUAUUCAAGUGAUCCGACGCACCCUGAAACGACCAUCAAAACGAAAGAACGAGCGAUAUCGGGAGAAUUUUGGCCGCAAUGACAGAAGAAGAAAAUCUUGUAACAGUCAAAGGUUUCCACCGUAG